AUGGCAGCGCCCACGACCGAAGAAUGGAUAUGUCAAGAACUAGCCAAAUUUGGCAUCGAAACAACCCCAGAAAAUGCCAGUUAUAUACUAUCCAUGGACAACAAUCAAGAUCUAGAAGACUAUAUGAAUGAUUUGUUAGAUAAAUCAGAUCCUAAAGUCAGAAUAUUUGUUCAGGAAUUAUUAAGAAGAAAUGGAGGGAAGAAUUCUAAUGAAUGUGUGGUUUUACCAAAGAAGAAUGAAAAAGAUGUGUAUUUUGCUGGUGUCAAUAAAGUGAAGAAAAAACCCAAACCACCAAAAACUAAAACAAGUCCAUCAAAAGUGAAUGGUUACAAACAAGAGGAGCAGGAGUCUCCGCCAUUGAAGCCAACUCCUUCUCAACCAGAUACUGUGAUAGAUGGUACGAAGAAAAAAUCAAAAUUUGUUCCUUUAUUUAGUCAAGAAGGUCAAGCUAAAUCUGUGAUUAAAUUGUCAGGAAGACAUGUUUGUGAAUGUCAAGCUGCUAAACAUAAACUGAUCAGUAAUUGUUUAAAAUGUGGUCGAGUCGUUUGUGCACAAGAAGGUUCUGGACCUUGUUUAUUUUGUGGAAAUCUUGUCUGUACAAAGUCUGAGUUUGAUAUAUUAUCAAAAAAUAAUAAACAAAGUGAUAAAUUACGCAGUCAGUUAAUGGGUAAUUUAGAUGCUCUGAGUUUAGCUGGACAGUCAAUCUACCAAGAUAUAUCAGGUGAUAUUAAGGCUAUAGAAGAAGGGGCUGAAAAAGCUAAAAAGCACAAAGAUAGGCUGUUGAACUAUGAUAGAACUAGUGUAAAAAGAACCCAAGUUCUAGAUGAUGAAUGUGACUAUUUUGCUACGGAAUCCAAUAAAUGGAUAAGUGAGGAAGAUAGGAAGAAAUUAAAGGAAAGAGAAGAGGAAUUACGAUCAGAGAGACAUGGUUCACGCAGGGAUAGAAAGAUAACAUUUGAUUUUGCUGGUCGUAAAGUCAUUGAUGCUGAAAAAGACACUAGUAAAAAUAUGUAUGAUGUAAAUGAUGAUGUGAUACAGCAAGUUCAUUAUGGUAAAAACACUCAAUCUAAAGACAAUGUACUGUUAAAACCUUCCGAUUUUAAUCCUUUAGUGAAUCCUACUAUACAACAACAUGCACCAAAGUAUGUACCUGUUGGUGAAUCAUACAGUGAUAAAGCCACCAAUUUAAAUAAUACCAAUUCCCCAUUUAAACAUAAAUCAACAUCACGAAUACAAGAUAAAGAAUUAUUAGAGAUGAGUGAUGAAGGAAUGUGUAUGAGUAUGCAUCAACCAUAUGCUUCACUGCUGGUGAAAGGUAUCAAAAUUCAUGAAGGAAGAACAUGGUAUACUGCCCAUAGAGGUGUAUUAUGGAUAGCUGCAACUUCUCAAACUCCUGAUACUAAAGAUAUAAGUGAUGUGGAAAAAUUUUAUAUUUAUCAUUAUGAUGAUAAAGAUAUAAAGUUUCCUAGUCAUUAUCCUGUAGGAUGUUUAUUAGGCUGUGUUGAUGUUGUUGAUUGUUUAUCUCAAGAGGAAUACAGGUUAAAGUUUCCAGAUGGAGAAUCUGUAUCUCCCUAUGUAUUUAUAUGUGAAAAUCCUCAAGAAUUAAUAGUAAAAUUUCCUAUUAAAGGAAAACACAAAAUAUAUAAAUUAGAUUCCAACAUUCAUCAAGGUGCUAAAAAAGGUUUACGUCAACCUUCAAAUGUCUGA